AUGACGGACGAGCAGAUCCGUGACGUCCUUUCAACUUCCUGUGUUCCUACAAAAGCAUCAACUUCCCGCACUUCAAAGUUUUCUGCGUACUCGGAAUAUGCUGAACAGCUCAACGCUCAGCGUAAUAAAGGCGUCCCGAUGCCUGGAUCAGCCGGGCCCAUUGCUUUAUCACUCCAAGCUUCAGUUGGAGGUCCUUAUGGUGGUGCAGCCCCUGCUUCUGGACCAUAUGGUGGUCCCCAGCAACAAUCUUACGGUCAAAACCUUAGCCCUUAUGGCCAGCAACAGCCAAACACGAGUCCCUAUGCAAACCAAGGAUACCACUCUACCCCUGCACUUUCUCCCUAUGCUAACCAAGGUUAUGGUGAACAACAAAACUUAGUACAAGAACAACCAAGAGCAUACGGCCAGCAACAGUCUUAUGGUCAGCAACAGUCUUAUGGUCAGCAACAGACUUAUGGUCAACAGCAGUCUUAUGGCCAGCAGUCUAAUGCUCGGCAACAAUCUUAUUCUGGUCCGGUUCCUUAUGGCCAACAAACAUACAGUAACCCUCCUUCUACAUCGCCAUAUGCGGCAGGUUCAGCACAGUACCAAAGUAGAUUUAACCCGACUCCCAAACUUCAUAACCCCUUGAGUGAUACGGAUAGCGUGCUGGACGCGCGCCGCAACGAGCUUUUUGGAAGUGCGCCUCAAAAGGCCGCCUUGAGACAAGAUUCCGAACAGGAACAACAACAACAACAACAACAAGUCCAAGCUCAGCCACAAAGACAACUCGCUCCGGAUCGCGCUGCACUUUUUGGUGCAGCUGCUCAUUCUGAAAGUGAUUUGACUACAUCCAAAUAUAGUUCUGCAUUUAAUGACUCUCUGGCACAACAAAGCGCUCAAGCAAGAUUUAAAGCAAAGGACCCUUCUGAGUAUACUAACGAUGAGGAACUUAUUUACGCUGGCCGCAAUCAAAGUGAAGGUAUCACUACUACAGCAAAUACUGAUUUAACAACUACUACCGAUUAUCAGCCUUAUGGCGCUCAACAAGAACAAGAGGUCAACUCUGAAGACGAGGAGGUUGAAGGCAUCAAGACUCAGAUGAAGUUUAUCAAAAAUGAAGACGUAAAUCUUACACGCUCUGCUUUACGUGCUGCUGCCUAUGCAGAAGAAAGUGGCCGUAACGCUCUUGGUAUGUUGGGUGCUCAGGGAGAGCGGUUGUCAUCGGUGGAGCGCAAUUUGCAGCUUGCUUCAACUCAGAACCGCAUUGCUUCUGAUAAGACUCGUGAACUCAAAACCCUGAACCGAUCCAUGUUUGCAGUUCACGUGUCGAAUCCCUUCAACUCGAAGCGACGACUGAUGGAAAAGGAAGAACAAAUUAAGGCGAACCGUUUGCGUGAACAAGUUGCACGCGAGUCGCUGCGUGCAUCUGAAUAUGAUUCUCAGCAACGAGUUAUGAAUGGACUUGGAAUGAGUGGCUCUGGGGUUGGAAACAGUGCUACGGCUCAAAAGUAUAAGCGAAAUUUGAAGGACCGUGUCAAGUACCAGAUUGAGCCUGAUGAGGAGGAUGAUCAGCUUGAAGAUGAAAUUGAAGGUAACCUUGAUGCACUGCAUAAUGCAGCCCAGCGGCUGCACAAACUGGCUAUUGUUACAAACGAGGAAAUUACUCGCCAGAACGACCAGUUGUCGAAUCUUACUGAGAAUGUUGAUACUCUGGAUAUUGGUGUUCACUUGAAUUCCAACAGAUUGAUGAAUAUUCAUUAA